GCCGAACUGUGGAGCUUGUUCGGACUCCGUGAGGAACUGUGGGGCUUUGUCUUGACAUAUUUUGGUCUCCCUGAAAGAACCAUUACAAAAUGGCUGGAUGAACCCAUCAACCCUGAAAAAUAAGCAGAAGUGCCAUCAAAAUCUGGACCCAAAAGUGCAUACAAAGGUUGAAACUGAUGUCAAGGAUUUCCUUAAGAACUGGUUGAGGGACCUGCCCCGUGUUGACUCAUACUACUGCAGAAGCACAGCUACCUACAAAGACAAGAAGUUCCUUUACCAAGGCACAACCAUCUCCCAACUACAUCGUGAAUAUGGACAAGCAGCUGCAACUGCUGGAGUGAGAGCUGUUGGAAUCCAAUAUUUCGCAGCUGUGUUUCAUGAGGAGAACUACUCUGUAGUUAUUCCAAGAAAAGAUCAGUGUGAUGUUUGUGUUUCAUUCAAACAUGGAAAUAUCAGUAAGGUUGCAUAUGACGCACAUGUCACCAAGAAGGAUGAAGCGAGGCAAGAGAAAUCUAGGGACAAGGAUUCUGCUGAUGAAGAGAAGUCCAUUUGGAUAAUGGACUUGCAAGCUGUGCUACUGUGUCCAAAAGCCCAAGCCAACAGCCUGUAUUACAAAACAAAACUGCAGGUCCACAACUUUACCCUUUUCAACUUGAGACCACAGGGAGGCUACUGCUAUGUUUGGGACGAAUCAGAAGGUGACCUCUGUAGCGAGGUAUUUGCACAUCUUCAGUAUCAUCAUUUUGAAGGUGUGAUCAAAGGCCAUCCAGACCUCAAGGAGAUCAUAGUGUGGAGCGACGGUUGCUGUUAUCAGAAUCGCAAUACAUGUGUAGCAAAUGCAUACUCUGAGCUUGCAAGGAAAUAUGGGGUGCUAAUAACCCAGAAAUACCUUCUUGCAGGUCAUACACAAAUGGAGUGUGACAGUAUGCAUAGUACUAUUGAACGAAAAAUAGUUGCAGAUAUCUACACCCCAAGAGACUAUGUCGUUAUACUCCAGACUGCAAGAAUCAGGCCAUCACCUUACUAUGUGAAAGUGCUCAAGCACGAUGAGUUCCUGAAGCUGAAUGGAUCUUACUUCUUCAGCAUCAGACCAGGCAAAAAAGUUGGAGACCUGACUGUGCAUGACUUGCAGGGUGUUCAGUUUAGCAGUGAAGGCAAGGUCAAUUUCAAGCUGUCCUUUUCAGAAGACUCUGUGUGGGAAGAACUGCCACAAAUGGGCCAAUGGCAUGGAUAAGUUUGUUUCCAUGUGCUCUGCCAAUCAAAGAGAGAACGUUCCAGGACCUCCAGUCAAUGAAACCCAUCAUGCCUGUCGAGUGUCAUCACUUCUUUGACAAUUUGCCACACUAAUAGGCAUCAGACAAGAACCCAGCAAAGAAGAGCUGGAAGGAGAAGUGGAAAAAAUGCACAUGCCUCCUCAGCAUUAUGUUAUGUUAGUUUGUGCUGUAAAAUUGUCUAGGUCACAAAGGCAUGUUCAAAAAUUUGCCUAAGUCAUUUAAUUCUGUCAUGUUCCAUGUUUGACUCACCUUGCUGUU